AUGAUUUUUAGAGAAUGGAACGGAAAUUGUAUGUAUCUGUUUUGGCCAAAAUAAUAUUUGGUGACAUUCAUGGAACGACAAUUCAAGGAGUUGAUUGGAAAUAUUGGGCCGAUUUAAAAAAGCCCAUUUAAAUGAAGACUCCUUGUUUUGCUUGUGAAUGUGUUGUUGGAAUUAGAUUCGAUUUUUUAACCAUCGGUCUCACUCAUUGCGACUUUACUUUUCGUCCUCUGUCAUCUCCAGAUCAUGAUGUAUGUACUCUGGAGUGUGAUCGAUCUCUCCAAGUGUUGCUGCUACUAAUGCUAUUAGUUUUGAAUUCCAAUUUUGGUUACGACACAAGUGAUUCCAUCAUUCUCUUAGAUUUAGCCGGAUUCUUGUUUGGAGCUGUUGCUUACGCAAAAUCUGAAGGUUUUCAAGCGAAUUGUUACCUCUGUCAACUUCAAUGGAGCAGAAACUCAGAACCGAUGGUUUAGGAUCGAGUAAUCGAGAUGCGGUGAAUGAGGACAGAAUCAGUGAGUUGCCUGAUGCUUUGCUUCUGCAGAUAUUGUCUUCACUUCCGACAGAUAACGCCAUAGCCACGAGUGUUUUGUCUAAACGGUGGAGAUCUCUUUGGACGAUGUUGCCAAAACUCAAGUUUGAUAGCGAUUUUAAUCCUGUGUUUGAUGAUGAUAACAUAGAUCCCUGUAUGUUUUCUGAGAAUGUUUACAAGUCUUUGUCUUUACAUAAAGCUCCGGUUCUAGAGAGUUUGCAUUUGAAAUUUGAAGGUAGGACAGAUUGUUUAGAUGUUGGCAUAUGGAUUGCAACCGCAUUUGCUCGCGGUGUGCGUAAAUUGGUAUUGGAUAGUUUCUAUCACGAGGAGCAGAUUGUCACGCUUCCAAGUGUUUUGUUUAGUUAUAAUGAUACACUUGAGAUCUUGAAACUCAAGAAUGCUAUCGAUUUAGACUUCCCUUCUCGGGUUUGUUUGAAGUCUCUUAGAAAGCUGUACCUUGACCAAGUACACUUCAAAGACGAAGAAUCUGUUUGCAAUCUUUUCUGUGGCUGCCCUAGUCUUGAAGAUUUGUUUGUGCAUAGAUAUGGCAAUGUGGAUGUGGCUACUUUCACUAUUGCGGUGCCAUCAUUACAGAGAUUGACCAUAGAGGAUCUUAGAUCUGAAGGAGGUUAUGGAAAUGGAAGCUAUGUGAUAAAUGCCCCUGCUUUGAAAUACUUGAAUAUCGACGGGUUUAAUGAUAUUGAGUCUUGUCUGAUUGAGAAGGCACUAGAGCUAGUGGAGGCAAAAAUCAGUAACGUUUCUGAUAUAACCAAUGAGAACAUUCUGGAGUCUUUAACUUCAGCCAAACGUCUUAUCUUACACUUAUCACCCCUUGAGGUUAAAGUUCCUACUGGUAAAAUCUUCCACAGGCUAGUCUGUCUAGAGCUACGUACAUACGAAAGAGAGUGGUGGAAUCUGCUUUCGAUCAUGCUCGAUAGUUCUCCUAAACUACAAAUCCUCAAGCUCACAGAUGUAUAUCUGCAUAAUGACAAACAAAAUCCGGACGUACGAAAAUGGAAUCCACCAAAAUGUGCACCGGAAUGUUUGUUGUUCCAUCUCGAGACAUUCGUGUGGAUAGGAUAUGAAUGGCAACGAGGAGAUGAGAAAGAAGUGGCCACAUACAUCCUAGAAAACGCAAGACAGUUAAAGAAAGCAACUAUCUCCACAAAACGCAUCGAGAGGGAAAUGCUCGAAAAGUUGGAAAAGAGACGUGAGAUGCUCAACGAGUUGGCUAGUGUGCUCUGGGAUCCAAAUUCAUGUCACCUUGUGUUCGAAUCUACUUAAUAUGUUAAACUUCUGCUAUGUUGUUUUGGCCAUUGGAGAAUGUAUAAUCGACUGCUCUACCCAUAUGUCGGAUGCUAAUGUUUGGUGUUAUUUUGAGGAGUAGAUUCGUUGCCAUUGGAAAAUCUAGUUUUUGAAUUUCUUGCA